AUGUCUCAAAUUACAGAAGGGAUGAAAGCCAACAGUACUAAUGCAAUAGAAGUUUACAAAGGAAAAUCAAUAUGUCAAGAGAAAUCAAAGUGUUUUCUCAAAGACCUAGGUUUACCAAGUGGCCUGCUUCCUUUGGAUGAGAUUGAAGAGUGUGGAUUUGUGAAGGAAACUGGAUUCAUCUGGCUGAAACAGAAGCGUCACAAACAGCACAAGUUUGAGAAGAUUGGCAAGUUUGCUCAUUAUGCGACCGAAAUCACUGCCUACGCCGAACCGAAGAAGUUGAAACAAGUGACCGGAAUCAAGGCUAAGGAACUCUUCAUGUGGAUCACUGUGACUGAGGUCAAUGUUGACGACGACUACGAUGAUUCGAGGUCGUCCUCGGCCGGAAAGCUCACUUUCAAGACCCCAACCGGGCUUUGUAAGGUUUUUCCGGCAUCGGCUUUUGAGGCCGCGGAAACCUGA